CGGACUCGGCCGGAGUUCUGUCGGAGUUUUACGUCGUACGGGCAGCGCCAGUGUUUGUUCUCCCGGGGUCCGAGAGUGUUUUUUUGUUUUAUAAUUUCGUUCGUUUGUUAGUGUGAUCCCGCGGUCCUGGAAGUGGAUUAUUAUUGGAGUUUAGGGGGAUUUUACUGGUGAAUUUCUCCAGCAUUUGCGAGAGUAAAACUGACACUUAUCGCUGUGUUUGAAGCUGCUUCCGGAAAGAAAUGUUCUUCAAACGUCAAUACCGUUCCCUGGCAGGCCGGAGAAACAAUGAAAGCAACAACAACAACAACACGGCAAACCAAUACACCAACAACACCUGACACAGUGACACCGUACAUUGCCGCCUACUAGAGCGUGUUUCGUGUGUGAGAGUGUGUGUGCGUGGACCUGGUUUCAAUACUGUCAUCGUCCCUCGGCAUGCGUUUGUGUGAGUGCGUUGUUAGUGCGUGAACAAGUAGACCUUGAGUUUUUCCAACCCCUUCUUCCGUCAUCAACUGUCAUCAUCAGCAGCAGCAUCAUUUGCAUCAUCCGGACGUGUAUCGUCAGGAAGCGUUUUGCAGGAUACAAGUGACUGUGUGUGUAUGUGUGUGUGAUAUACUGUCGUUAAGGGAAAUUUGUUGAUUGGAAAGCAAUACUUAUUCAAAGGCAGCUAAAACUAUCCUCUUUGAAAGGGAUUGUGACACAAAAAGAAGGAAAAGGCGACGAAAGGUGUAUGUGUGUGCGUCAUCAACGGUUGGCAAUGUUGAUACUCAGGUUACUACAGCUGGCAUGUGAUUGUGUAUAGAGUUUAGUACAGGCUGCUGUAAGUGUAUAUGUGUGUAUGCGUGUGUGAGUGUCACAUACAGCAAGAGUUGCCUUGUUCCAGUACCACAUGUAUCUGUGUGUGUGUUUUGGGAUGUAUGGAAGCAAUAGUGUGUUACAGCAAAGAAGAAGUGUGCUAAUUGCUUCCGAAAAGUAUGUUUAAGAAAUGGCAAGAUGUGCAAAUGACACGCCAACGUCUGUAAAGUACAAGCAAAAGGUGAAAGCAAACGUUUGUGAGCAAAGAAGAGAGCGACCAAUGGAAAAGAGCAAGCAAGGCAACAAGUGAAGCAAAGUUCGGCAACGAUUGAAGUGACCACGAGUGGCCACGUGAAUAAGUUGUCCUGCGACGGUGGUGUGUUGGUGACAUUUCAAAGCAAGUGUGUAACAUUUCGUGGAAAACAAACGGUUGGCUCCAAAUUCGACCCCUCUGCUUCCAUUCCCCCCCCCCCACCACCCCGCAAUCCUGUGCAAUGCAGUGUAUUCGUAGUGUCGUCGGUGGUCCGAGUGGGGGAGCAGCAGCAGCAGCAGCAGGGAGUGCAGUGGAACGUAAAAUCCUGAUAAAGACGGAAGACUCACGUGGCCUUGCGCUGGCGCACGGCGAACGGGGAGAGCAGGCGGACCGAAGGUCACGCGAGGAGGGGAACGAGGGCUGCCGGUCCGGGCAGCAGGAGGCGCCGGACGAUAAGAAGGCCGCCGGCACUGCGCCAGAGGUACGAACGUUCGUGCUGGGCGAAAACCAGUGCAUCGUGUACGGGGCCCGACCUGGGGACGGUUCAAGGCCAGCAGCGUCAUCACCAUCGUCCUCGUCCUCCGCCACACUCCAGCACCUUCCCAUCUCACAUCUGCCACCGAAGAAAACGCUCAAACUCGCCCUCGGACUGCGGGGAGGCCCACUGUCCCCGUCGGCGUCAUCCCGGCAGCCGUCGCCGCCUCCCCUAACACUGCGCCGCACGUCCGACGAACCGGACCGAAUGCUGGCCAGGAUACAGAUCGUGUCCCGGGCGCAUCCGGGUGACGAGGGGGAGGAGGAGGACCAGCAGCAGCACCAGCAGCAACCCGGUGUGGUCGUAACCGGUGGACAGGGUGUGCAUGUGAUAAGAGACGGCCGGUUCUAUCAACCUCAGCAGCAACAGCGCCACGAAGAGGCGAUGGUAGAGGAAGAACCGGAGGAUGCACCACAUGGACAGUAUCAUGUCCCGCAGCAGCAGCAACACCAACACAGUAGCAUUAUCGUGGCGAACGGUGGCCGCUCCUCGCCACUUUCCCACCAGGGACGCCUUUCUCCUGCUGGCAGUGGAUGUGGCGGGGCGGCAGUGCAGCAUCCCCACACGUCCAGCAGCAUUACGACCACGACCACGAUCCUCGUGUCGAACGAGCGUGCUUCCAUCUACAAGCCGCCAACGCAGGCUACCUCUACCACAACGACGACGGUUUCAAGCAGCAAGCAGCAGCAGCAGCAACACGGGCACGUGACCUCAAUGCAGCCUCCACCUCCGCCGCCACCACUGAAGAUGUCCAAGGGAGGCGGUGGUGGUGGUGGUGGUGGGGGAGGACACGAGGAGCCGUCCAGUUCCAUGCCGGAUUUGGAAUUCGAUGGCACAACCGUCCUGUGCCGUGUGUGCGGUGAUAAGGCGUCCGGUUUCCAUUAUGGCGUCCAUUCGUGCGAAGGAUGCAAGGGUUUCUUCCGGCGGUCGAUACAGCAGAAGAUCCAGUACCGACCGUGCACGAAAAAUCAGCAGUGCAGCAUACUGCGAAUAAACCGCAACCGCUGCCAGUACUGCCGAUUGAAGAAGUGCAUCGCCGUCGGCAUGAGUCGUGACGCCGUCAGGUUUGGGCGGGUGCCGAAGCGGGAAAAGGCCCGCAUACUGGCCGCGAUGCAGCAGAGCACGCAGAACCGGGGCAACCAGCGGGCCCUCGCCAGCGAGCUCGACGAUCAGCCCCGGCUGCUCGCCAGCGUCCUCCAGGCCCACAUCGAAACGUGCGAGUUUACGCGCGAAAAGGUCGCCGCCAUGCGCCAGCGGGCCCGCGACUGCCCGAGCUACUCGAUGCCGACACUGGCCUGUCCCCUCAACCCAGCGCCCGAGCUACAGUCGGAGCAGGAGUUUAGCCAGCGCUUCGCCCACGUCAUCCGGGGCGUGAUCGACUUCGCCGGCAUGAUACCCGGCUUCCAGCUGCUGACGCAGGACGACAAGUUCACGCUGCUGAAGGCGGGCCUGUUCGAUGCGCUGUUCGUGCGCCUGAUCUGCAUGUUCGACACGUCGAUCAACUCGAUCAUCUGCCUGAACGGGCAGGUGAUGCGGCGCGACACCAUCCAGAACGGGGCGAACGCUCGCUUCCUGGUGGACAGCACGUUCAACUUUGCGGAGCGAAUGAACUCGAUGCAGCUGACCGACGCCGAGAUCGGGCUGUUCUGUGCGAUCGUGCUGAUCACGCCCGACCGGCCCGGGCUGCGCAACGUCGAGCUGAUCGAGCGCAUGUACACGAAGCUGAAGGCCUGCCUGCAGUCGGUCAUCUCGCAGAACCGCCCGGACAAGCCGGAGUUUAUGCAGGAGCUGCUGCGCACGAUGCCCGAUCUGCGCACGCUCAGCACGCUGCACACGGAGAAGCUGGUCGUGUUCCGGACGGAGCACAAGGAGCUGCUCCGGCAGCAGAUGUGGUCGGCGGAGGAGGACCAGGGCGCGGUGCUGGACGCGAAGAGCCCGGCCAGCUGGAGCUGCGACGGCAACCAGGUCGAGGUGGAGAUCGCCAAGAGCCCGAUGAGCUCCGUCUCCAGCACGGAGUCCACCGAAACGUCCUCCUCAUCCUCCUCCUCCUCCUCGUCGUCGGAGUACCAUCACCUGCACCAUCACCAUCACCAGCACGGUGGCAUUUCGUCGGGGGCUUCCGCGGCGGCUCCCCUGCUCGCUGCCACCCUGUCCGGCGCCUGUCCAAUCAUUCGGCAUCGGGCCAGCUCGGGCUCGUCGGCGGAGGACGAUCUGAUCGGCGGCACGGCGCAACAUCUCGCCCAGAACGGGCUCACCAUCACGCCCGUCAUCCGGUCCGUCGGCUCGUCGUCGUCGUCCGCCUCGUCCGCGUCCUCGUCGUCCGCUUCGUCCGGGGCGGGCGCUAGCCAUCUGCACCAUCACCACCACCAUCAUCACGUGUCGCGGUACCGCAAGCUCGACUCGCCGACCGACUCCGGCAUCGAGUCGGGCAACGAGAAGCACGACAAUCCGUCGCCCCAGCAGCAGCAGCAGCAGCUCCACCAUCAGCAUCACCACCAUCUGCUGCUCCAUCCGAAACCGGCCAGUAGCAGCGUAAGCAGCGGUUCGUCGUCUUGCUCCAGCCCGCGGUCGUCGCUCGAAGACCCAGCGCUGGAGGACAGCAGCAGCAGCAGCAACGGCAAGGCGCCCUCCCUGGCACGGCACGCCAGCGUCGACAACAUGCCGGUGCUGAAGCGCGUCCUGCAAGCGCCACCGCUCUACGACACCAACAGCCUGAUGGACGAGGCGUACAAGCCGCACAAGAAGUUCCGCGCCAUGCGCCACCGGGAGAGCGAGGCGGAAGCCGCUUCCUCCUCCACCACCACCACUAGCGCGAGCGCCGCCCCGUCCCCGUCGGCGACCGUGCUGGCGUCGUCGUCCUCGCCGCGCCCAGCCUCGGUGCCCCAGCCGCAGCAGUCCGUGGUGGCAAUCGCCGCCCCAUCACCACCCCAGCAGCCUGCGCAGCAGCCGCCCCAGCACCAUCAGUCGCAGCUGCACAUGCAUUUAACGCGACCGCAGACGACGCAGUCCCACCAAAGUAGCGCCGGCUUCCUGCAGUCGACGUCCGCGCGGUCCAGUCCGCAGCCCCCGCAGCAGCAGCAGCAGCACCACCACGCCUACUCGUCCCUCUCGAGCACGCACUCCGUGCUGGCCAAAUCGCUGAUGGAGGAGCCGCGCAUGACGCCCGAGCAGAUGAAGCGCACCGACAUCAUCCACAACUACAUCAUGCGCGAGUCGGCCCAGGAGCAGCAGCAGAACUACAUCAAGCAGCAGCAGCAGCAGCAGCAGCAGGGAGGACUGCUGGUGUGUGGUGCCAGCGCCGCCAACGGUGUGUUCCAGCGGGCCUCACCGCAUCUCACCGUGUCGGCCGUCUCGCCCGUCCCCUCGUCCUCGUCCUCCAGUGGAAGCAGUCCGGCGGCGGCGGCCGCCCCGACCGGUGGCUGUCCGUUUGGAGGUUCGUCGUCUAGCGCCUCCGCCGGGCGAUGGCAGCAGGUGAUACCGGCAGUGACGGCCAGCGUCAUCACGACGACGGGCGGCCACCGGGCACAGCAGACCCCGUCCCCGGGCAGUCUCACCCCGCCGGACACUUCCUCCUCCUCGUCCUCCUCCUCGCUGUCGGUGGUUUCGUCGCCACCGUCGGCUGCCUCGCCGUCCUCGUCCUCCUCCUCCGCCACCAGCAUCCGCUACUUCCAGUCGCCCCACUCGACGAUGACGUCGCCCGCACCGCCCGCCUCCCCCUCGUCGGUGGUGGUCGUGGCGCCCCCGCACACCCCCUCGCCCCGGCUCAUCGAGCUGAAGGUGGACAUUGGUAGCAGUGCCACCGCCACCACCUCCCUCGAUCCGUGCCACCAGCAACCGUUGAACCUGUCGAAGAAGUCACCCUCGCCGGCGCCCACGCCUGUGUCCGUCGUCCAGCGGUCCAUCGUGGGGGGACCGUCGGCCCUCUCGCCGGUCGGUGCCGCCACGACGGUCGUAGUGGCCACCAGCAGCAGCAGCAGUAAUGCCGCCACCAGCAGCAGCAGCAGCAACAAUCCCACCAUCCACAAGAUCCUACUCGAGGCGUAAACACAGCAAACAGGCGUUCGCGGGCGAAUCCUACCACAAACAAAAGAAACCACAAGAGGCAGACCAGUAGCAGCAGCAGGAGGAGGGGGAUCAGUGGGAGAGAAUGAUUGCGCAUUCGCAGAAGAAAAAAACACUACAUCUACAAGUUUGUACAAAUUUUUAAUGUGUUAAGAAGACGAACCUCCGGACAAGCCUAAAAAGCGCACGGUAAAACACUCACACACACACACACAUCAUGAGGAAAGGAUAAAGGGGGGAGAGGAUGUAUUAUAGUAUUUUAGUGGCGGAAUGAUCUACAAAUGCGAAACUACAAUGCGAAGCCAAAAACGUGUGUGUGCGUGUGUGUGUGUUGGUGGGAGCAGAGCGGGAAGCGGGGAUGAUGGUGUGCGUGUGUGUCUGUGUGUGUGUUGCUCUUAUAGAUCUCGAUUUUUGUUUUAUUAAAAGAAAGCUGUGGACACACGUGGAGAAGAGACUACUACGGCGACUGCAAGCGCAGGCGACGAACCUCAACAAAAAUCCCUCUCUUCUCCACGCAAUGCGCAUAUGUGUGUGCUUCUAUCCAAUGGGCCGGUGUCGGAUCGGGUGCAAAACAAAAUAGGGAAGGAGAAUAUCCUAGUGUGAUGAUGGCACGCCGCCACUAGCAAGCCAGGAGCUGUAAUAGUAAUAGGUUUUAGUGCGUGCGUGAGACAAGGAAGACGACGGUGACGUUAGUAGUUUGUAAGAACAAUUCCCACGAGCAGCUCUGAUGCGUAGAUAUGUAUGUAUGUGUGCGUGCGUAAGUGUGUGUGUUAAGAAUCAAUAAUUUUGAUGAACAAAACAGCGAAGAGAGCGAAGUUACUGCAAACAGCCAAACCUAUAUAGAAGCUUAGUGAGAAGCGAAGUAUAUUAAAAGAAAACGGCAACACAAAUACACUCACCUCACAGGCAAACCCACAGUACAUAUGGUAUGGAAGUAUGGAGGUUUUUUUUUACUUCUGUUGUACAGUAGUAGUAGUAGUAGUAGUGGCACAAGUGCAAAGCGAAGCAAGAGGAGCAAGAUAAAACACGCAAAAUGUAUAUGCUAAGAGAAAAAAAAAA